CUGGACUCGAACUUGAAAUAUUGUGGCCGGUAUUUGCAAACCAACACCGGCGACAACUCCAGUGACAAGUCCCGGGGUUUUUGCGCUCAGCCUUUGUUCCUCGUUGUCGUUUUUUGUCGUCAUGUCAGUAGAAAUCAAACUUUCCCGAUCCAACCGCAUCUAUCGCCCUAAUGAAGCAGUGGAAGGCAAAAUCGUAACGAAGCUCUCUUCUUCGAUUUCUCACCAAGGCAUUCGACUCAAUGUCAACGCUUCAGUCAACUUGCAGGUUAGAGGAGGAUCAGCGGGAGUUAUUGAAUCUAUUUAUGGCGUUAUUAAGCCUAUUCCAAUACUGAAUAAGACUGUUGAGGUCCUAAAAUCUGGUAAGAUCAGCUCAGGUACUACAGAGAUUCCAUUUUCUUUCAUGUUGAAAGAUCCAGGAGAAGAACCUUUGGAAAAACUUUAUGAAACAUAUCAUGGUGGGGACAUUAGCAUUCAGUAUCUGGCAUCUGUAGACAUUUCGAGAGGAUACUUACACAAGUCUCUAUCUGCCACAGUGGAGUUCAUAAUUGAAAGUGAAAAGGAGAAUCUUCCAGAGAAACCUAUUUCUCCUGAAGUGGUCAUGUUUUAUAUCACCCAAGACACACAGAGGCAUUCACUACUUCCAGAGCUAAAAUCAGGGGGAUUCAGGGUAAGCGGUAAAAUAUGCACAUUAUGUUCUUUGUCGGAUCCUAUUGAAGGUGAGCUAACUGUUGAAGCAUCUGCUGUUCCUAUCCAAUCCAUUGACAUGCACUUGCUGCGAGUGGAGUCAAUUUUGGUCGGGGAAAAAAUAGCAACUGAAUCUUCUCUGAUACAGACAACUCAGAUAGCUGAUGGGGAUGUAUGUCGAGGCAUGGCUCUUCCCAUCUACAGUAUUCUUCCCCGCCUUUUGACUUGUCCGUCAAUCUUUGCUGGUCCAUUUUCCCUAGAGUUCAAAGUUACCAUUGUAAUAACCUUUCAGUCAGUGCAAUCGAAGUUGCAUCCAAAAUCCAAUUUCAAAACUCUUAGAUCAUGGCACGCAGCAGAAAGUGUUCCCCUUGAACUGAUUCGGACAAAGUGAGAUGCUGGGUCAGGGAUGCCGAGGUUUUUGUGUAUGUCAAUGGGUGAAAAUUCGCUUACUGAUAUUGGCUUAGGCGCCCUGAGGAUAGAAUUCUGUGUGCGAUCUUUCACCUCGAAGAUGACUAUCAAGUUCAUUUGCUCAAUGUUGUGGCCAUGAAACUAUGUUCCUGUUCUACAAGUGCAAAAUUUCCAGGAGAUACUGCAAGCGAGAAUUGCACUUCUCGAUGGACAAGGGGGGAUGUGUAGAUAUGGGAUGUGAAGAUGAGUUUGUAGAAAGUACAAGAACUUCCUACUUUUUGUUUCUUUAUGUGCACUAGCAUUUACUACUCUACACUGGAGAAAAGAUUGCUGUACACUCGGGAGCAAAAUUGCCAACUGGUUUCUUGCAAGAGAAAAGAAGCUUCACAGAGUUCUGAACCUCAUCUAUAUGUCUUCCAUAUUAGGCUAUAUAAAGUGUAGAUACAUAAUUCUUCUGAGCUAUGAUACGUACCAUCUUUCUCAUCGAUCUAAUUCAAUAAAACAAGGUAUUGAUGAAAUGUAGUAUAAACAUUCUGAAAUCACGUAAGCAGUACAGCAGUUGGACACGUGAAGAUAGGUCUUCUGUUAAUCAAUGACCAGAAAAUCUUGUGGCAAAGACUUAUUUACAUCUUAA